AUAAAGUUCAAGCACUUUUAUGUGAAUGCAGACGUAUUCCGAAUAAGUUGUUUUGACAUAAAUGGACAGGGACUCGUGGCGAAUAAUUUUGCCGGCCUUCGUAACAGUAGUAUCGAUGAGCUUGUCAUAGAAGGAGCACCUGCCAAGCCUCCGCCUGUUGGCUUCAACGUUAGGAAUCUGUCAAUAUCAAUUCUGGGCUUCGACAGUACAUCGAGAGCACAAUUUUUCCGUCACAUGAAAAAGACGUUAGCGGAAAUGAAGGCGAUGGAAUUUAUAACGUUUCAAGGCUACAACAAGAUAGGAGACAAUAGUAUGGUGAAUCUUUUGCCAAUUCUCGCGCCGCAAGUAGACGAAGGCCUCAAGUUCCCAAAACUGGACGAAUCUGGAGAUGUCAAUAUUCUACGAUUCCAUCCUUCACGUACGACGAUCGAUCCUGACACGAUCAAAUUCAUAUGGAAAGACAUGAAAGAGAAAGGAUGCCGAACGAUGUUCAAUGAUGACAUAAUGAACACCGGACGAGGACUCUUUCACUAUGGAACAAUCAAUUUCAAGCAAGGCGGGUGGUAUUCUCUAUAA